AUGAUGGAACCAGCCCCCCCACAGACCGGCUGCCCCUCCUGCCCAGACCGAGCAGCUCAAGCGUUGUUUUCCCUCCCCUGCCUGGAUGAUGAGGUACCGCACCGGGCUGAGGAAGCAGCCAGCAGCCGCAGAAUCAUCAGCAGAGGCAGACACUCACCCAGGCCGCGGACAGUAUGAAGGCGAACGGCGGUGAGGCUCACCUGCAGACGGCCGAGUGAAGCGGCAGGAUGGCGGGGGGCCGGAGGGGACUUGUGGCCCCCCAGAAUACUUUUUUGGAGAAUAUUGUCAGGCGGUCGAACGUUUGGACACUGUCACAUAGACAGACAGACACCAACUUUGUCCUGGGGAACGCCCAGAUUGUGGACUGGCCCAUUGUCUACAGCAAUGACGGCUUCUGCAAGCUGUCGGGCUACCACAGGGCCGAGGUGAUGCAGAAAAGCAGCACCUGCAGCUUCAUGUACGGCGAGCUCACAGACAAGGACACGACGGAAAAAGUGCGACUGACGUUUGAGAAUUACGAGAUGAACUCGUUUGAAAUACUGAUGUACAAGAAGAACAGAACACCUGUUUGGUUCUUUGUGAAGAUAGCACCCAUACGGAAUGAGCAGGAGAAGGUGGUCCUGUUCCUUUGCACCUUCAGCGACAUCACGGCCUUCAAACAACCCAUUGAGGAUGACUCGUCCAAAGGCUGGGGGAAGUUCGCCCGACUGACCAGAGCGCUGACGAGCAGCAGAGGCGUCUUGCAGCAACUCCAGCCGACGGUGCACAAAGGAGAAAACGUCCACAAGCACUCGCGACUAGCUGAGGUGCUGCAGCUCGGCUCCGACAUCCUCCCCCAGUACAAGCAGGAGACCCCCAAAACCCCGCCUCACAUCAUCCUGCACUACUGCCUCUUCAAGACCACGUGGGACUGGGUCAUCCUCAUCCUCACCUUCUACACGGCCAUCAUGGUGCCCUACAACGUGUCCUUCAAGACCAAGCAGAACAAUGUGACGUGGCUGGUGGUGGACAGCAUCGUGGAUGUCAUCUUCCUGGUGGACAUCGUCCUCAACUUCCACACCACCUUCGUGGGGCCCGCCGGCGAGGUCAUCUCCGACCCCAAGCUCAUCCGCAUGAACUACCUGAAGACCUGGUUCGUCAUCGAUCUUCUCUCCUGCCUGCCGUACGACGUCAUCAACGCCUUUGAGAACGUCGAUGAGAAUUGGAACCACCAAGCUGUCACUCAAGGUAUCAGCAGCCUCUUCAGUUCCCUCAAGGUGGUGCGCCUCCUCCGUCUGGGUCGGGUGGCCCGUAAGCUGGACCACUACAUCGAGUACGGCGCAGCGGUGCUGGUCCUGCUGGUGUGCGUGUUCGGGCUGGCGGCUCACUGGCUGGCCUGCAUCUGGUACAGCAUUGGCGACUACGAGGUCAUUGACGAGGAAACCAACAUCGUGCGCAUGGACAGCUGGCUGUACAUCCUGGCCGAGACGGUGGGCACGCCGUACCGCUUCAACGCCAGCGGCACAGGAAAGUGGGAGGGCGGCCCCAACAAGGACUCGGUCUACAUCACCUCCUUGUACUUCACCAUGACCAGCCUCACCAGCAUCGGCUUCGGGAACAUUGCCCCGACCACCGACGGAGAGAAGAUCUUCGCGGUGGCCAUGAUGAUGAUCGGAUCGCUCCUCUACGCCACCAUCUUCGGUAACGUGACCACCAUCUUCCAGCAGAUGUACGCCAACACCAACCGCUACCACGAGAUGCUCAACAGCGUGCGGGACUUCCUCAAGCUCUACCAGGUACCCAAGGGCCUGAGCGAGAGGGUCAUGGACUACAUCGCGUCCACCUGGUCCAUGUCACGGGGGAUCGACACCGAAAAGGUGCUGCAGAUUUGCCCCAAGGACAUGAGAGCAGACAUCUGCGUCCAUCUCAACCGGAAGGUGUUCAAAGAGCACCCGGCCUUCCGACUGGCCAGUGACGGCUGUCUGCGGGCGCUGGCCAUGGAGUUCCAGACAAUCCACUGCGCGCCCGGCGACCUGAUCUACCACGCCGGAGAAAGCGUGGACAGCCUGUGUUUCGUGGUGUCAGGGUCGCUGGAGGUCAUUCAGGAUGACGAAGUGGUGGCCAUUCUAGGCAAAGGGGACGUAUUUGGGGACGUCUUCUGGAAGGAGGUGACGCUCGCUCAGGCGUGCGCCAACGUCCGAGCUCUGACCUACUGUGACCUCCACGUCAUCAAGCGUGACGCCCUGCAGAAGGUGCUCGAGUUCUACACGGCCUUCUCCAAUCACUUCUCCCGCAAUCUGCUGCUCACGUACAACCUGAGGAAAAGGAUGGUCUUCCGAAAAAUCAGCGACGUGAAGCGAGAGGAAGAAGAGCGGCAGAGACGGAAAAACGAAGCGCCUCUGAAUUUACCGCCAGACCACCCGGUGCGGAAGCUCUUCCAGCGCUUCCGGCAGCAGAGGGAGGCUCGCACUGCCACGGAGAAACCGAGCGAAGAGCACGACGUCGAAAAGGGGCCCGUCUACGUGGACGUGCCUAAAACGGCCAUCAUCACCACCAGCAUCGUCACGGUAACGGAAAGCCCGGCCACGCCCUCGUCAUCGGCGGCGCCAUCGUCGUCAUCACCCCCCAGCGGCGCCCCCGCUGACAAGUUGAAGCUGCAGGUGCCCGUCUCCCUGGUGGGGGGUCGGGUGGCGGAGUCAGGCAAAGUGGUUAAAGGUUGGGGGCGCUUCAAGGACUCCAUGGCUAAACCCGACAACUGGAAGACGGUGUCCAAGGCGGAAUCCAUGGAGACUUUGCCCGAGCGGACCAAGGGUCAUGAAUCCCAGAUGUCCCUGAAGAAGACGGACUCGUGUGACAGCGGCAUCACCAAGAGCGAUCUGCGCCUGGACAAAGUCAGCGACUUCCGUUUGACCCCGCAGGACCGAAGCCCCGUCCAGCCCCCCGAGACCAGACGCUCUUUCUACCCCAUCCCCGAGCAAACGCUCCAAGCUUCGCUUCAGGAACUCAAGCUGGAACUGAAGGAUGACCUGAAGAACCUGAACGUUCGAAUGUCCGGCCUGGAGGCGCAGCUCAACGAAGCACUUCAGCUCCUCAAAGCGAGGACGCCCACCGCCAGCUCGCCGCAGCAUCUCUUUGACAUUUCCAGACCCACUUCGCCGGAAGUGGACAAGGAGGACAUCUUCUCUUGAGAGUUACAGGAAGCAUCCGGCGACAUUUUGCUGUAAGCUCAGCUGGAAUCCCGUAAUGUCCAGAUUACGCGGAUAGCUGAGGCCGCAGACGAGGCGACACUCGACCGGCCUUGAUGGCGGGCGACGAGGGGGGCUUCACGCCGAGAAGCCAGGGCGGAAGCUCCGGGGUGACACUCGCCAGCCGUUAAUUUGUAGAUACCAAAUCCUCUUAACGGGAAAAACAGCGUCUUAGCGAGGUUUGAAAACGGCAUGACUCCAACGUUGGUGUUCGAUUCCUUGCAUGUCACAUGAAGUAUAUCGCGCCUCAGCUUGCAGAUGCUGCGUGUUUGAUUUAAGCGAGGCGGCUCUUUUGCGUUAUUUCAGCGUAGCUGCAAAAGAGGACAGACGAGAGUUGCGCUGCCAGCCCGAGCGAGUGAUGUACGCUCUUUUAUUACGGCGCCGUUGAGGGCUCGUUAUGAAUUAUACAACAGCAAACUCGGCAGACGUCUUCCGGCAAAAGCAGUUAUUGUGAUGAACGGCGGGGGAGAUGCUUGAUGAGGAACGGGGUGCGCUUUAAGCUAGCGUGACUUCUACACUCUCACAUAGCAUGAAAACCAUGCAUAACCAGACACGCUACAACUAAUUUAUAUAUGAUGAUGUAUCGUUUACACCAUUAAUCUCACUGCAGAGUACAAAUGGAUAUUUUUUUUCUGGGGUUGAAGGUUAAUUAUUUACAUUUUUGUACCACUGGUUUGCAUGCAGGCUUUAUUGUAAAAAAAAAAAACCAACAAAAAACAAAUCCUGUGGGAUAAGUUGCAUUAUUCCAUGGCAAGCUAAUAUGUUUGCAAUGCAGGGGGCCACUUUUUGGUGGUUUCUAUGUACAUUUGGAGGAAAUAUGCCAACAUAAUGUGUGCAUUCAUUUCCAUUGGACAUUGCCUUCUGGUUUUAAAUACUAAUAUAUAUAUAUAUUAAAAAAGUUCAUGAUAAAUUAAAUCUCCACCCAUAAUUUAUUUUGAGAUUUUUUUAAAUGCCAAAAUAUAUUCCCAACUACUGUAUAUCAAAAAGCAAAUUAUUUUUUAAAUGAAGGUUUUAUCAUUAAGAGUAAAAUGCCCCUGUAAUCACUUGAAAGGUAUUUUAUUCUGUCCACUCAAAUAAUAAAACAAAAAACAUGUCUACAAAUGAGUGAACUUGCUGUGUGUGGUGAAUUUCACGGCUUGCUUUUUAAAACACGAUGUUAUCACAGCUCUUUGAAAUACUGUACAGGUAUGUGUCGAGUACAUGACCGUGUAUGGGACUUUUCAUUCGUUGCACAAUCCUGAAAAAUGGAAGCAAUAAUUACGCAUUUGGUGCUGUUCUUCAUGUAGAGUGUAAUCACAUGACUGGAAUGAACGGAUAAAGUGCUUUACAGACGUCACAUCGAUCAGUAACGUAACCGUUUACAUCCACACUGGUGAUCAUUGGAAAACAAACUACUGUAGUUACUGUAGAGUCCACUCUGCCUUUUUCUUUCUGUGUCAAAAAAAGCUCUGUUCUCAUAUUAUUCAUUAUUCAUAUGGAUCAUUUCUUUUUUUUUUUUUACAUGACUUAUAUUUUAUCAGAAGAAGAGGCAGGCUGGGAAGGAUGCAGCAGCAAAGAGGGAAAACGCUAUCAAAAAUUCAGCCGACUAAAAAUAAAGAGACGGGCUUGUCAUCAGAGGCGGGAAAUGUUUGUGCGGGAGGAAAGUGGGUCUUUUAAAAAUAUCCGCUAUUUCACACCUACAUCAAUGUAGAAUGCAGGCGCUCACUAUCGACAAACGCAAAUGACACAUUUCGGACUUCUUCUGUCACAUACUGUGCAACUUUGAACAGUCAUAAAAGGGAAGCUCGGCUUUUAACAGGAGCGUGUCAAUAUGGCACAUGUUUAAUCAGGCCUACGCACUGAGCCUAUUUGAAUUGAUUAUCUCGCAGCUCUAACGUGAGCCGUGGAUUAAUGUGUCGCUAAUCUCAUUAGGUACAAAGGAAGAAAGCUUUUUCAAUGUCACACGCAACGCGGGAACACGGCUCGCUAAUUGGCCCGCGCCGCAAUUAGCUGAUGACAUGUGCGACCUCACAUUUUACAGAGUGUGGCCCUCCCGCCUCUAAAACCACACAGAUUAUUGACGGAAUCCUUUGAUGCAGUCUUUAUUAAAUAGAGCGCGCACAUAACUAGAAGGCGUACGCCUUCUCUACAGGGUUUCUGUGGGCCGUUAGGAAGGUUGAAGCCAGGGAUGUCCAAACUUUUUCCAGCGAAGGAUGGAAAAUGAAAGGAUGCAAGGGCCACUUUGAUACUUUGUAAAGCAAUGUAGAUGUGCUAAGAAGUCAUGUCAAGAAAAAAUUGCAUCUCAGCUUUGUCAUACGGGUGAAAAAGCCUAUUGUCCUGGUCUUUUUUCCAUUUGAACUUUCUUCUUUAAUAAUCUUUGUACAUUUUCUUUUGGUAAUAUUAUGACUUUAUUCUCAUAAUAUAACUUUUUCCCCGUGCUAAUUUUAUUUUCCAAAAAUGACAACUUUAAUUUGUUUUUCUCAUUACAACUUUUCUUUUCUUCUUCAUUUUUCUACGACUUUUUUUGUCUUAAUAUUUUAACUUUAUUCGAGGAAAAUUACAGCUCCCUUCACCAACCCCCCGCUGCCGUUUGUGUGUGUGUGUGUUUUUUUUUUAUUUUCCAACAAUUUCAACUUUCUUCCUGUAAAUUUUUCAUGAUUUGAUUCCCAUAACACUUUGGAUUUUUCCACAAGGCAAUUUUUCAAAAUUUGAAUUUGAUUUGUUGUUUUUUUUGUUUCUCAUAAAAUAACAAAAUAACCUCUUUUUUCCUUAAUAAACUGAACUAAACUAAAGUUACAUUAUUUUUCCUCAUAAUAUUAAGAUGCUAUUCUCGUAAAAUAAAAAAAAAUGUUCUCGUUAAAUGACCAUUUUUUUCUCUUAAUAUUUUGACUUUAUUCUUGUAAAAUUACUGCAGAUUUUUUUCAUUUUUGCAUUUUUUUUUCGUUUUAAUUUAUAGUUUUAGAAUGUGCUGCGGGCCAAUGAAAAAACAGCAGCCGUCCGCAAAUGGCCCUCCGGCCACACUUUGGACACCCUGGUCUAAGCAAUACUGGACAGGCAUGUGAUUUGACUUAGUAUCAGUCCUAACACUGUCCUCUAGAACGGCAGGAGAACCUCUAAGGUUGAGCACCGUCCAUUCCAGGAUGCUGGUCAGCUUUCAAUUUGUUCCUGUUUUGCAACGAUUGCUCUAAUUAUAUUUAGCCAAAGCGCAAAGAGGACGGGGCGUUCAGCGGAAACAGGCGAUAACUGCAGAGAGGCUAUUAUUUCCCAAAUGUAAAAGGUCCUUUCUAUAGAAUAAGGUUUUGUUUUCUUUUUUUUUAUUUUUUUUUUUACAGGAAUAAUGAUUUGGCGUGCAUGAGAAAGUGGAAAGGAAAACAUAGCCCUUUUUGAUCAUCACUUAUGAACAAAACGUAGCUGGCUUUGAUCAUCAUUUAUUAACAAGUAUACUGCACAGCGGAGAAGCACCACAACCACUGUUGUAGUAGCGGUAGGGACCAACACGAAACUGACAUUAUUAAGUGCUUGAUAGUGUUUCAUAAAGCUGCCGGAUGCUGACCAUUCUUUUUUUCCCUUAUAUGAACAAUAAUGUGGAGUGCAUGAGAAAAACAUAUCCCUCUUUGAUCAUCAUAAACUGGAGAUAACUGGAGAGAGGUUGUUACUGUAUUUCCCAAAUGUAAAAGGUCAUUAUUUAAUUUUUUUUUUUUUUUUUACAUGAAUAAUGAUAUGGAGUGCAUGAGAAAGUGGAAAGGAAAACAGCUCUCUUUCAUCAUCAUUUAUGAACAAAACGUAGCUUGUGUUGCUCAUCAUUUAUUAACAAGUAUACUGCACAACGGAGCAGCACCCGGCUCUCAUACCGGCAGAUAUUUGCAUUUGUGGACCAAGCACCUGGCGACUACUUUUAGCAUUUUACAAUAUGUUCUUAUUGAGGUUGCCCCCUUUUUUUUGUGUAAAAGGCACAAAAAGCCAAAGAAAAAGCAGUAGUUAUUUAGUUUACUGUAGUUUUGUAGUUGUUUCCCCCGGAAAUUGAGGUCACAUUCAUGAAUUGCAGGUCCUCAGUUGGAGUUGAGAGGUUUGUGAGUACAUAAAUACGGUACAUCCUAUACUGUAUUUCUAAAUAUAUAAACAUACUGGCAGUUGUCUUUGCAUGACCUCCGGCCCGUGACGUUAAGAAAGUGUUAGUCAGCAGGUUUUAUUCUUUAUUCUUAUAAAGCCUCACACUUCGCUGCUCAUUUAAGAGGAUUGGCGGUCCACCGGCGCUGAUCCCCCCCCCACACACCCAGCUCAGUGUCGCAGACGCGAUCAUCCCUACAGACGAGACGACGACAGAAUCGGCUAAUGGAAACUUAUGCAGCGCUUUUUACGUCUAUUGUGUGCUUUUCGCCGUCAGCUGCACGCGCAGACUGGAGAAGCAUCACAUCCUGUCAUUUGCUGCCGCACCACAGCAAACCCCCCCACGCGGCAUACGCUUACGCGAGUAAAUGCCGCACCCCAAACAGUUGGUUAGGUGUCAAAUUGCUGUUAGUGUGGUGUUAUUACGCAACAGACGUGGCAUCUGUAAAGCUGUAAUUCAAUAUAUGAUAUGUCCAUAUCGACAUGUCGACCGACUCAUCAAGUCCCGGUCCACCGUCGUCUUCUUAUGACUAAAAAGCGCUUACAUACAUGGCCGGCUGUUUUUGUUGACAUAAAACAAGACUUUUUUGUCAGUGGUUCUCAAUUAUUUUCUGUCAUGCCCCCACUGAGGGACAUGAAUGUUUUUGCGCCGCCAUGCAGUUGAAAUAAUACAGAGAAACUGAUAUUUAUUUAUAUAUUAUUUAGCUGUAUAGACUUACUGUAACUCGUGACGCAUAUUCAAGAGUCAAAUUGUGUCAGUUUCAUACAUGAAAAGCAGCUUUUUCUGCAGAGAAGCAAAUUCAAGCAGAGCGACGGUGGGGUCUGCUGGAUGUCCCGACUCUGAACGGCUUCCGGUGUCGCGCCACAUGGCUCAGCAACGCUAACCACUAGCUUGUUGCUUCGGCUGCCAUUGUCAACUGCAUUUGUGUGUACGUCACCUACAUCACCUCUACGUCUACGUCACCUCUAUCUUUGGCGAUCACGUCGCAGAUCCACCGCCAGACAAGCUCUGUGACAGUGUUAGCUGCCUGGAUUUUUUGUCUCCGCUCCAUUUCUGCACGUGUUUCGCCAUUUUCCUCUCUCAACACACAAUCCUCCUUCUUCGUAGACAAUCUGUUGCUGCCGGUUGGAGGAAAAGAGAACUGUUGCCCCCUACUGGGACAGAAAUACAUUGCCUACAGGUCAGAAAUUGGCACACAAGAUGAGUAAGACUUUGAUCCUGUUGCUCCGGCGAAAAGAAGCAAAAGACGUCUUUGGCAUUGAAGGAGUCAAUAUUUUGACUUUAUUCUUGUAAAAUUACUGUUUUGUUUUUUUUUUAGUUUUCUUGUUAAAUUACAUUUUUAGAAUGCACCACGGACAGCAAAUGGCCCCCGGGCCGCACUUUGGACACGCAUGUCCUAGGCAAAAGAAAUGAAAAGAAAAGACGUAUUAUCAAAAUUCCAUGUUCAACAUGUGACGCUGUAGCGUUUCCUACGUAGCAUCCUCUAGCGCCUCUGUGGUUCUCUCUCGAGCAUAAGCUUACAUUUUUACACAUCUUGUUAAAAUCGGAGAUCAUCUGAGCGAGAGUUGGCUAUGUUAUCAGACACAUUCAUGUCAGAUGUUUUGGGACACCCUAUAAAUCAGUACAGCUGUAAUACGUGCUUCCGAGAUCAAAUCAAAGCAGAUGUUUAUUGCUGGUGGACAACGUGCUCCAAUACGCCGAGGUAGAUUAUUUGUAAAAUGUAAACUUUUUUGGGGGGAUGCUCCUGAUCUUGGAAGCUAACUGGUAGGAAAUAGGUUUGCGGCAAAAAGAGCAAUUAGUCUGUGCAUUCCGGAGGAUAAAUGUCAUCUAUUAACAAGGAGCCCGGCGGCUCAGCUCAGAGUCUCGGCUAAUGCAUCUACUGAUAUUAGUGUCACCCAAAUUACAUGUGGAGGGGCAAUAACGACACUCAUUAAGCUAACGCUGGUGUGAGUGUAAACAUCACAUGUGCCUUUUUGUGGUUUUCCUCUGCAAUAACACGGAUUAACGGUACGUAUUUUGUAAGUAAAAUGAUAAAUGAUGUAUGUAGACACUGUUAUGCAUGUGCAGUAGUCAUUUACUGUGUGCAGAUAAAAAACAACAACAAAAAAACAAGCACUGACCCUCUAAGUCCCGCUGUGGGUCUGCUGCCGGCUUUUUGGGCAGCUUCCGUGGCCGCCGGCCAGGUUCCUAGUGUGGUUUUGGCCGCGCUGGUGUUUUAUUUACAAGUUUGCAAGCAUCUCGGCUUGCGUGUUGCAAAGUCAAGGUGACUCACGACGGGUGAGAAGUCCACUCCAGUCCGACCUGGGCGAAGCAGUAGAGGAAAGCCAGCAUGGGCGGCGCCACGGUGGACCAGCCUGGUACCAAGGAGAGAGUGAGCAGCUGGAGCAGGUUAAGAGCGGCUGGCGUCCCUCCAGGAGCGUGCACCUGCACCCACAAUACUUCCUCAUCUCCUAUUCUUCCCUCCUCAUUCAUUCAAGCACGCUCGUACGCUGCAUGCACAGCUCCCUCAAAGCUCACCUGAGCUGAGACGAGCAGUUGCUAUCUUUGUCGACACCCUGAACAUUUUUUGGACCUGCAAAUGAGUCGCCGCUGGGCCCUGCACGACCCCGAAGGAAGCCCCGCCGCGGUGCUAGGAGGACGCCUUGGCUCCUUGUCUUCACAAGUAUGUAAGUUUCCAAACAACCUUCCAAUUGCUUGGACUAGUGGCCUCCGCUCUUAUACACGCCAUGGUCAUCCACUUAAAUUAAUAAACGCCGCACCUCAAAUAGGUGCGUCUUUCACAGGAAUAAAAGGAGUUAGCUGACAUACUAAGUAUGCAACACACACCACCUGUACAGCAAAAAUGGCAUCUGUAAAGCUGUAAUUGGAUAAAUGAAUAACUGUCUUAUGUUGCGCACUUAUUGGAAUAAUACGUUCAUGUAUGUCAUGUCAUCAAAUAUGAUUUUUAUUUAUUUGUGGAAAAAAUAGUGCAUCUGUGAUACAAUAUACAAUAAUAUAUCAUCAACAUUUUAAAAAUACCAUCCAUCCAUUAUCUACAGUAUGCCGCUUAUCCUCAUUAGGGUCGUGGGGGCAUGCUGGAGCCUAUCCCAGCUGACUUCAGGCAACAGGCGGGGUACACCCUGGACUGGUCGCCAGCCAAUCGCAGAGCACAUGUAGACAGUCAUUAUUUUAAAAACACAUUUGUUGUUUUUGAUUUUAAGUGUUUAAAAAAAAUGUCAAUUUUUUUUAUUAUAUGUGAAAAAAAAUCUAUACAGUAUAUACCUUGCAUUUCUAUAUAGAAAAGCAGUAAACACACAACCUCUAAGAGGUGUGCUCCUCUCUGCAGUUCAGUAAAUAAAGGCCCCAGGCCACUUGAUGAGAAACUGUGUUGAUGAUGUUUUGCUCAUAUUCCUUCUAGACGUCUUUGUCAGACUUUUUUCCCCCAGGGAAGAAGUACUAUCUUAUAUUUUUAUUAUAUUUUAAUGACUUUUUAAGUGGGUGUCAGUAUUUUUUUUAUUUCAUUUGUGAGGGGAAAAGUACUAAAAUUAAUCGUGAUUAAUCACCAUUUCACACCAUGUCUGCAAUAAUCCCGUUUGUGCUGUAUUUUAUUGAAAGAAAGAUAAAUGACAGGGCAGAAUCCUAUAUAUUUUGCUGCUGUAACAUCUAAACGCGGGAUAAAUAAAGUACAACUAAGUAACAAUGGAUUCUUUCAUAGCCGAACAUUUCAAUCAGACUUGAACUGUGCUAUGAGCAAUGAGACGCUGCGUUCAAAGACACCACGUCUUUUAAGUUGAAUUCACAUGUUUUGAGUGAAUGUUCUGGGAUUUCCGAGUACACUUAAAUACAGCAAAUUUCAUCUAUAUAUCACCGAAUUCGAUUCUUUUUUUUCCCCAAGCACUCUGACCAUUGUUUGUGGAGUUAUAUGCACAAAUGCUGAAAAUGGUCCUAUCUCGCAAUGUUAAAGAAUCCUUUAAAACAAAUUCCUGGAUCCGGACGGUGGAGCGGAUCACCCCCAAAUUUUAAUCAGUUCUUCCAUAUCCCAUUUCUGAAAAUUCCUGAAAAUUUCAUCCAAAUCCAUUCAGAACUUCUCAAGUUGUUAUGAACACAAACAGAUAAACGCCGGCAAAAAAACUUUUGCGUUUUCCUAAAAAGCAACUCUUGAGUGAAGCCUUUGCUGCUGCUGCUUGUUGUCAAGCAUGCGCCCCCUGCUGGUAAACAUCUAAAACAAUCCAUUCGGUGCCUUCAAAUUUUUUGAUACACCCCAGAUGAUUUGAAAUAGUUUCCAUUGUGUAACACAGCGAGACUAUGGAGUGUGAACAAUUAAAAAACUGCUGCAUUACGACAUUAUUUGUACACACAAACAUUCAGUUCUCUUUAAAUCAAU